AUUUGAACGAAUUGAGUAAUCUUAGAUAUAUAAUAGACACUCUCAUACAUUUAAUUUGCGAUACUAUAUUUAGAUUUACUAAAAUGGGUGAUUCUCAAGCAUUUAAUAUCAUACUCCUAAUUUUGUGCGUUGCAUGUACUCAUGCUCAGAAACAAACUUUGUCUCCUCCUUACACUUGUACGACAACAACGACUCUAUGUCAACCUGGGGACGAUGGCUAUACACGACCAAAUACUGGUGCUCAAGCUUCACAAGGAAGACCUGGCAAGAGAGGUGCAGCUGGUGAAAAGGGGAAAAGGGGCGAAAAGGGUAAUUCUUGUCAAUGCGAUAUUGCCGACGAGGAGGCGAUGAGAAGUUUGAGGAAAACGAUGAACACGGAGUUUGAAAAGUUACAUGACCAGCUGAAUCUGAUCGCUCUUCCCUCAAACUGCGGAGAAUAUCAAAUGCUCUUAAAUAAAAAUGAUCGGAGAUCUGAAGAGUUGACUAAAGUAUAUCCGUUUAAACAUAUUGGAAACCUGAAGUAUGAUUUGGUGAACUGUAACUUGUAUCAGGUGGACAGUGAUGGUUGGAUCAUCAUCCAAAAGAGAUACAAUGGGUCGGUCGAUUUCUACAAAGAUUGGGAAACUUAUGCAAGAGGAUUUGGAGUAAGAGAUGGAGAGUUUUGGCUCGGUCUGAGAACUUUACAUCAAAUUACCAGUCAUGGAAACUUUCAACUUCGAAUUGAUCUCAACUUUCAAAGUGGUUCCGUUAAAUACGCAGAAUAUAGUGCUUUUGCAGUAGGAAAUGAAAACUCCAAGUUCAAACUGACAGUGUCAGGAUAUUCUGGCGACACUGAUGAUCGAAUGACUCAACAUAGUGGUCACGUUUUCACAACUUUUGAUAUGGAUAACGAUAAGCACACGACUCUGAAUUGUGCAGCGCAUUUUCAUGGAGCAUGGUGGUAUAAUGCUUGCUUUCAUUCGAAUUUGAAUGGAAGGUACAAUACUGAUUUCGACUGGCCACAUCUCACACAUUUGUCAUCUAGUGAAAUGAAAAUUCGUCUGAUCUAACAUUGCUUCCUAUGUCAAAACUAAACAAAUAAAACAAGAUUUUGAAAAGUUAAGAACACGUGUGAAUAUAUUGUUCAAGUUGAUACCUGAUUGACUUUAAAGCACUAUCGGACUCUCUAUAAAAAGCUUCCUAGAUUUUGGAAGUGUGCACGUCUUAUCUUGUCUCCAAUGGGUGUUUAUGGUAGCGCUACAAAUUCUUUUAGUCGUCUAGGAAGCUCUAAUGAAAUACUUGAAUACAGUGAUUUUUACAACUCGAAUAGAUUGUUGGGUACAUUGUAAGAAAUACACCUAAACAAACCGCAAUUGAAAAGACGAUAUCAUAUUAUUUGCACAAAGCAAGCAAACAUUCAAUGGUUGAGAAAUCAGUAAAGUGAUUAGCCUUGUCGCCGAGUUUAAUUAACUUCAAUAAAAAUCUGAUAAUGAAGCAAUAAUUUGAUCCUAUACGGUAAUACAAUAAGGGUGUGUUCGAAUCCCACAGCGGAGAAAGAUUUGUACUGAGAAACUAUGUGAGAGUGACGACUAGCCAGGAUCGAGAAGCGGACCAGAGACGGAAAGAAGUUAAAGGUAGCAUAUUAAUUAUGCCAACGUCAUGUGGUUGAGGACAAUAGUCAGGCAUAAAUUAAGCGAUGAAGGAACGUUUGUAAAUAGAACAAGAGAGCU